AUGGCAAACACACCCAAAUCUGGAGAAUCAAGUAAUAUUGAUAUGACAAGGCUGAUUUAUGAAAUGUCAAAACUUACCUCACCUUCAUUCUCAUCCCUUUCCUUGCCCACCUCAUUCAACAUCUCAUCUCUGUUUCCAAUUCCUAUGGACAGAACCAACUACUUGAGUUGGAAAUCUCAAUUUGAAGACGUAUUGGAGAUGCAUGGCCUUGCAGAGGUCAUCAAGAAAACCACAGAUCCACCCAAAGUGCAAGACCUAGCCAGGGAUAAACUGGUCAGGGAUAAACUGGUCCUGAGUUGGAUCAAGGCGACUUCCUCUCCUUCCAUCAAGACUCUUCUCAUCCCGUGCACCACUGCUCAUCAAGCUUGGAACCUAUUGGGCAAGCGUCUCUCACCUCUCGCUAGUACCCGUGUGCGGAUUCUUUGA